ACCAACGAUUCGCUCGCAAAAUGAGCACACUCACAGUGGAUUUACACACAUGGGAGUCAACAAUACAGCCCAUAUAUUUCCAUUGCCGGAGCUUAAAACAAAUGUGAGGUGUUUUUCAUGUAAACGCGCUCUCAGUGUGUCUUCGCGCGCUGCGUCCUCUGCGCUUUUACUUGUUCCCGUUACGCAUUUGAGCGCAGGAUGGCGGAGUGUCACGCCGAGAUCAUCAGCCACGACUGUUGGCGACCGAUCCAGACUUUUAACCACAGAUCCUCCAAAUGGGUUCGUCUAAACGUCGGUGGCACGCAUUUUCUGAGCACCCGACAGACGCUGUGCCGGGACCCCAGAUCAUUCCUGUUCCGACUGUGCCAAGCGGACCCCGAUCUGGAUUCUGAUAAGGACGAGACUGGGGCUUACUUGAUCGAUAGGGACCCAGUGUAUUUCGGGCCAGUGUUGAAUUACCUUAGACAUGGCAAACUGGUUCUCAACAAGAAUCUGACAGAGGAGGGCGCUCUUGAAGAGGCAGAGUUCUACAACAUCACAUCAUUAAUCAAAGUCAUUAAAGAUAAGAUUAGUGAAAGAGACGCAAAGACUACACAUACUCCAGUCAAACAUGUUUACAGAGUGUUGCAGUGUCAGGAGGAAGAACUGACUCAGAUGGUCUCAACCAUGUCGGAUGGAUGGAAGUUUGAACAGCUUGUCAGUGUAGGUUAUGGGCGGGCCCAGAUGUCAGAGUUUUUCCUGAUUGUGUCUGGAGAAGUGAAGGUGGAGGAGUCGAGUCAAAGUCACCCCGCCCACAGCGGAGAGUUGGUCAAUAUUGGCUCCUCCUACAAUUAUGGUAAUGAGGACCAAGCAGAGUUUCUGUGUGUUGUUUCCAAGGAGCUUUACAAUCAAUCAAACAGCGGCAACAAUCAACCGAGUGAGAAAGCAAAGAUUCUACAGGAGCGAGGUUCUAGAAUAUGAUCUGUGACAUGUCCAGUUUUUUCUUGAGCUCUCGUGAGCUUGUUCUCUUCACUCCUCAACAUUGGAAGCACACUAACACGCAUGUUCACUGUAAACGGAGCCUGUGAAAUACUGGAAUGCUUUGUUUUCAUCUUCACACUUUGAGAGCCACCUGUAGACGCUUCUGAUUCUGGUCAUGAGUCACAGAACUGGACGGAUGUUAAUCUCAGGGAUAUAUGAAAAUGCUGACUUUAAAUUCCUUAAACUAUCCGUCUGUUACCAACAGCAUUAUGCAUACUAUUGUAUGUAACAAUUCUGUAUUUGUACCGAUGACAAUAACCAGGGCUUACUUAUUUAACUUUAUUCUUUGCACACACAAUACAGCAAUAACAAUAGUGAUUUGGUUAUUUAUUCUUUUGGUUGAAUGGUUAUAACUUUCGUUUUUCAUUGGUUGUAUGAUUAAGAAUCUCAUGGGACUUUAGCUGUACUUAAAUACAACAGACUUAUAAUUAAAGAACUGAUCAAUACUAUUACGCUACUGUUAAUGUGAGAACUGUUGCUUUUGCACUACUGCUGUGUUCCUAUUCUUAUGCAUUGCAAUAACUGGUAGCAUUCCAGAAAGAGAUAUUUUGAUAUUCCUGGCAUCUGCUAGAUCUUUAAGGGGCCGUGUUCUGAAAAGUUUGAAAGUAAAUGUUUGGGGGCGUGGCUAGAUGUAUAACUGCACUUACUAACAUGUUUAUAUUAGACUUUUGCUCUGCCACAUUUUGAUCUAUAUUUGUUCUUCUAUAAUGUACACGUUUGUAUUUAUUUUGUGACUUCUGUCUGUUAGUCUGAAUGGAGCACAUCAAUGUACAAUCCAAGCAGAUGACUGUAGCCGACACCAACCUACAUGCUUGUAACAUAUAAAUCUGUUUAUAUCAAAUCA